UGAUCUGCCAUUCAUGCAGGGACACAAAUCCUUUGGGGCUCAGCUCUUACUGCUGCCAUUUCAGGACAUUGUUCUCCUGUCUCUUGCUCAUCUCCUGCUCAGGAGAGCUAUUGUGCUUGUUCUGAUGCCGAGAGUUGAAUCUGGGAACCUUCUGUAAGCAGUGCAAUACCCUUUCUCCAUCUGCCCUUUGAGGAGGCUAUAGCAGGUGCUUUCUGGUGCUUCUCAGCUUUCUUGGGUGUUGGUAAAAGGGAAAGUUGAUGUCUCUAUAUAGUUUGCUCUCUUUGUACCCAGUGGUGGUGGCUCCAGCCUUUGGUCACUUUGGUAAGAUAAUCAGAAACUGAAUUAUUUCAUGCUUUCAAAAUCCAAGAUGAUCCUUCUGUGAUGGACAGAUGGGAAAUAAACCCCAGGGAGUUCAAGUCCUGAGACUAACCCUGAUAAGGUAAGACCAGCCCCAUUUCAGUCAGGAUAAGAGAUUGUGGUUAUAACAGAAAAUGCCACAGAUAUUUGGAGUUAAUUUAUUACUUGUUGAUUGCCCUGUGAUUUCUUCUUAGGUUUGUGCAGGUGGUGGAUGUUACAUCCCAUCCAUCUUCCCACAUUGCUCAGAGUGGCAGGUUCCAGCUCAGUGACUGAGCCUGACUCCUCUGUGUGACUUCAAGGGCUUUGCUGCUUUGAGGUAGAUGCUGAUGCACAUCCUGGUGCCUUGCUGAAUAAGGCACCCCCAUGGUUUUCCAGAUGUCCCUGUUUUCCCUCCUCAUGCUCAUUCUGCUGGAGAGAAUAACCAGCUUCUGCUCCCUCAAGUUUUGCACCAUCACGCUCUGACUUUGCUAAUUUACAAGCUGAGCCUUUUGUAAAUAGCUUAUGAGCUGGAAGGGGUUUUUGGAGUGUCACUGAACUCAUGCCUUGUGUUUGGUAUAGCCUGUUCAAAGGUGGUGUCACCAUGUCACUCCCUUUACACCAGGGAGUAGUGCACAGUGUGUAGCAGAGCUGGGAUGUUCAUCUGAGCUGAAUUCGUUCUGACUAAAAAUUGACAAAUCUUCUCUAAGUCAGUGGAGCUCUGUUCUUUAUACACAAAGCAAGCACAAAUUAAGUUUAGGAUAAUUCAAUCUGCUUUUUCCUACUGUGAGACUAAUCCCUGGCAUUAAAGAUCCUCCAGGUAGAUGAGAUGCAUUGAAGGGUGACUCAUUGGUUUGAGUCAAAUACAGCUGAGACUUGGGUUACUGCAGGAGAUUUGAGGAAAAAGUGAAAAGGUGUUUGCUGUGAGAGUGUGUGACAACCUUGUUCUGGUGUGGAUGCAGCAGAAGCAAGCAGUCUCCAGGUCUGUGUCCCACAAUUUGCUUGGCUCAGAAACAUCCACACAUGCUUCAAUACCAGCACAGCAGCUCCUAAAGCUUUAGGCUGCACCUCCUCCAAGGACCAAGGGCUUAAUGAUGUCUGGAUUUACAGGGGGGUUGCAGGGAAAUCUAGAAAUACUCACUAAACUUCUGAUCUGUAUUACCUGUCCAGUAGGGGAAAAAUUAAAGUUCUGCCAAGGGUUAAUCUGGUAAAAACUACACUGAGCUAAGGGAAGACAGUCAGCUCCUGAAAUGUGCCUUGAAGGUGUCCCAAACAUUGUCAGAAAGCUGGUGUCAGUGGGUCCUGUCUUCUCAUCUGCCUCUGUGAGGUUUUUGCAGACAACAAAAUCAAUCCUGUUAAGUGUUUUCACCAUUACCCCAGAGUAUGCUGGUCAUAGUCAGGGGACUGCCUAUGGGUUACAUUCCUACUCCUCUGCCUAUUCUUAGAUUUCCCUGCUGAAUGCAGAUUCUGCAUCUCAAUAAUCUGACUUUUUUAAUGUUUUCCAGACCCUCUGGCUGGAGUAGACCUGCUAAAUGAGGUGGGUUCUCUAUUCACCACCAUUUCCUCCUACUACUGCAUUUGUCAAAGACACUGCUUGGACCUUGUUCCUCACAGGAGCUCAAGGAAUUGUGCUCAGAAAAAGUUGAUUCAAUUUGGUGUUGUUACUCUGCCAACCCUUGUCACCCCAGUCUCUCAAAGAAGCAAAAUGUCUUCCUUCCAGCCUGGAAGAAGUAAGGGGAUAUUGUUAAUUCCAGUUCUGUGUUCCUGGGGUGGGACAGCAGUCAAAUACUGCCUCUGUUCUUGUCCCUGUACCUACCAGCAAUUUUGUCCUCUUUCUCUCUGGGUUUGAAGUUGGAAGGAUGGAAAUGGUGUCUGGAAGAGAUGGGAGAUGAGCUCUGUGUUCCCUCUAGGAAAAGUUACUGACUGUUGACUGAAUAACCAUCUCUUUUCUCUUCCCAGGCUUCCUUUGCUGUGGUGCUGAGAAAUUGAGCCUGCUCUGCAUGGUGGGUUUGCAGUGCUGAGCCCCUGCAUCGUUCCUGUGUCACUCAGGGCGGUAGGUUCCCUCUUCCACAGGGAUGGCAGCAGGUCAAUUAAAGCCUCAUUAAAGCCUGAUGGAAAAUAACACCUUGGCAGUCUUUAAAAGAAGCUGUGCUCUGCUUAACUCGAUUUUGGGUUCAUUUGAUGCGUUUAAUAUCCAGAACAACCUGGGGGAUCGGCUGGAAGUGAGGCAAAGCCCUGCAGAAAGAACUUGGCCCCUGUUGGCUGUGAGUGGAGGGGCUGGAGGAGGUGAGAGCUCCCCUCCGUGCCCGCAGCCCCCAGCGCCGCUCGGUAUUGUUGCUGCAGCUGGUGUUGUGAAUCAGGCCGACGACAAGCGCUUCCUACAAUCCGGCUAUUUCACUACACCAGGGUUGCAUCAUACCACUCGCUUCGCUCUUCGCCCGCCUCGGGAGCCCUCCUGUCUCCUCCGGAGCAUCUCUGACCGUGCUGGGUUUAACAGAGCCCCCCCACUUGAGACUGAUUUGUGGUGUUUUGGGCAAAUGGGCGGUUCUGAUGAAACAAUGAGGUUCUAAAAUAAAGCCAUUUCUGCUGGGUGUGAGUCUGCUGGUGCAUCUGUUGUGAGAGGAAGCUGGUGUCCGCUUUGUGGAGGGUGUUGUGUGAGGUGCUGGGUGAGGCUCUUGCUUUGUCCCUGCUGUGCAGGCUCAGAUGCUGUGCAGUGCUGCGAGGGCUGAGCGUGGAUGCAGAGCACACUGCCUGCCCUCAGCUCCCCGGGUCAGCGGGGCUUGGGUGAUCACGGCCAAACGAGGGGGCUGGAGCAAGUCCUCAAAAAUCAGGUCAAAAUUUGUCUGUGAAUGCAAAGACAGCCAGAGGCAGCAGGGCAGGCAGGCCCAAUUUUCCAUUAACUUGCAAAGCCACACGGAGCUGCAAUUCCAAUGGGCUGGCCUCGACUUUUAUUGCUGGCCUUGUUUGCUGUCUUUGCUGAUCUUAUCUGUAACUGCUUUCGUGGCACAUGUGACAGGGGCUGCAGGGGUGUAACAGGCACCCAUCCCUCCCCCUGUCCUCACCUGCUGUGGCUGUGGGGUUACAGCCACACAGCUUCAGCUCGUGUUUUGUGUGAUGGAGGCAAGAGUUCAAGUGCCUUAUUAACUCAGGGACGGGGCAGGGGGCAAUUCUGAGCCCUGGGUGCUCAGUGGUACCCUGUCCCUGGGUCAGGAGGGGAAGGGGGCUGUAGGACCGUGGCCGUCUCUUCUGUCUGGUACUGAGAGCUGCCCUGGACAAGCACAGACAGACAUUGCUCUGUGUGCCGUGGUUUCUCCAGCCCCCUGGAAUCUGAGUCCCAGCAAGGGCAUCCCUCAGCCCCCUUGAUGUCACACUCCCCCUUCCCCUGGUUUCCCUGUGAGAUAAAGGUGCUGUUCCCCUCCCCACAUCCGGCCCAGCUCAGUGCCACAGGCAGCAUCUUGGAGAACAGCCAAGAUGAUUUACGAGAUCUGACGGGUCUGGGGCAAUAUCCCAGAGAAGGGUGAGGGUGCGUGGGAGUCUUGCUCCCUCUUGCUCCCUUUUUCCAUAAUAAAUCCCUGUGGGAACUGAAUGUUCCCGGGCUGGGGCCGGAGGCAAACUCAGCGCUGCAUUUCUCUGCUGAUCUGUCCUUGGGACUUAAUCUCAAAUCUGUUAUCGCUGCCCCCAUCAAGCGCUGGGAGGCAGUGAUGCCCAUUAUGGUGGUUUUGGUAUCCCUUCCAGCUAUUUUUUUUCCCCCUGACCAGCUUGGGGUGGUUCAAGCUGAUUCCUUUCCUCUAUUAGCAUCAGUGGUGGGUGUGUGCCGGUCACCUCGCUCCGGUUUUGCAGGGUAUAAAGCUGGCAAGCCCCUCUCCACCCUGUCCCCACCUGGCCGGCUCCUGGGCAGGGGCAAUGGCCGAGCUGCCCAUCCCAGAUCUGCCCCCAGCCCACUGCAGUGGCCGCUUCACCAUCAGCACCCUCCUGAGCGUGGAGGAGGGGGGCCGGGGUCCCUACACAGCCACCGAGGGCUCCAGCUGUGACAGCGUCCAGCCCACCCACCUGUCCAGCAGCACCCUCUGCAGCAGGACCUUUGGCUACAACACGGUGGAUGUGGUGCCAGCCUACGAGCACUAUGCCAACAGCAAGGGGGUGGGCGACCCCAGGAAGGGCAGGCCCUCACUGGCUGACCUGCACUCCAUCCUCAAGCCUGACCCAGGCCGCCUUCACACGCCGGUGUCUGAUCUGCAGCACAGCAAUGGCCUGCCAGAGGCCGGGCCAGAGGCUGGGCUGGAGGAUGCAGAAGGGGAGCCAGGAGGAGACUCCGUGCCAGAACCUGUCCGCUUUGGAUGGGUGAAGGGCGUCAUGAUUCGCUGCAUGCUGAACAUUUGGGGAGUUAUCCUGUACUUGCGCUUGCCCUGGAUCACCGCCCAGGCAGGAAUCGCCCUGACGUGGCUCAUCAUCCUCAUGUCCGUGACAGUGACCACCAUAACCGGCUUGUCCAUCUCGGCCAUAUCCACCAAUGGCAAAGUGAAGUCAGGAGGCACCUACUUCCUCAUCUCGCGGAGCCUGGGGCCGGAGCUGGGCGGCUCCAUCGGGCUGAUCUUUGCCUUUGCGAACGCGGUGGCCGUGGCCAUGCACACAGUGGGCUUUGCUGAAACUGUCCGGGACCUGCUGCAGGAGCACAAUUCCCUCAUCGUGGACCCCACCAAUGAUAUCCGAAUCAUUGGGGUCAUCACUGUGACGGUGCUGCUGGGCAUCUCCCUGGCUGGCAUGGAAUGGGAGGCCAAGGCACAGAUACUGUUCUUCCUGGUCAUCUUGGUUUCCUUCAUUAACUACCUGGUGGGAACAGUGAUCCCAGCUACUGCUGAGAAGCAAGCAAAGGGCUUCUUCAGCUACCGAGCUGAUAUCUUUGCUCAGAACUUUGUGCCUAACUGGCGUGGACCUGAGGGCUCCUUCUUUGGCUUGUUUUCCAUUUUCUUCCCAUCAGCAACUGGCAUCCUGGCUGGGGCCAACAUUUCAGGUGACCUGAAGGAUCCUGCUGUGGCCAUUCCCAAGGGCACCUUGAUGGCCAUCUUCUGGACCACUGUGUCCUACCUGGUGCUUUCUGCUACCAUUGGUGCCUGUGUGGUCCGAGAUGCCUCAGGCAGCCUGAAUGACAGCGUGGCCGUGGGCUCUCCGGGCUGUGAGGGACUGGCCUGCAGAUUCGGCUGGAACUUCACUGCCUGCACCCAACAGCAGAGCUGCCGAUACGGGCUCAGCAACUACUACCAGAGCAUGAGCAUGGUGUCUGGAUUUGGCCCCCUCAUUACAGCAGGGAUCUUUGGUGCUACCCUCUCCUCGGCAUUGGCCUGCCUUGUCUCAGCCCCCAAAGUCUUCCAGUGUCUCUGCAAGGACCAGCUCUAUCCUCUCAUCGGCUUCUUCGGGAAGGGCUAUGGGAGGAACAGCGAGCCCAUCCGUGGCUACAUGCUCACCUAUGUCAUUGCUGUUGGCUUUAUUCUCAUCGCUGAGCUCAAUGCCAUCGCCCCCAUCAUCUCCAACUUCUUCCUCUGCUCCUACGCCCUCAUCAACUUCAGCUGCUUCCACGCCUCCAUCACCAACUCCCCAGGCUGGCGACCCUCCUUUCAGUAUUACAGCAAGUGGGCUGCGCUCUUUGGAGCAGCUGUCUCAGUGGUGAUCAUGUUCCUGCUGACCUGGUGGGCAGCCCUCAUUGCCUUUGGCAUCGUCAUCUUCCUCCUGGGAUAUGUCCUCUACAAAAAGCCAGAUGUCAACUGGGGCUCCUCCAUGCAAGCCAGCUCCUACAACAUGGCCCUCAACUACUCAGUGGGGCUGAGCGAAGUGGAUGAGCACAUCAAGAACUACAGACCGCAGUGCCUGGUGCUGACUGGCCCACCCAACUUCCGCCCGGCACUGGUGGAUUUUGUGGGGACCUUCACCAAGAACCUCAGCCUGAUGCUCUGUGGCAACGUGCUGAUUGGACCACGGAAGCAGAAGAUGCCAGAGUCCCGGCUGAUGGCAGAUGGCCACACUAAGUGGCUAACGAAGAGGAAGAUCAAGGCUUUCUACACGGAUGUGGUGGCUGAGGAUUUGAGAAGUGGUGUUCAAAUGCUCAUCCAGGCUGCUGGCCUUGGGAAGAUGAGACCUAACAUCUUAGUGCUGGGCUACAAGAGGAACUGGCGGACAGCAUCUCCACAGAGCCUGGAGGACUACGUGGGCAUCCUGCACGACGCGUUCGAUUUCAAGUAUGGAGUGUGCUUGAUGCGGAUGAAGGAAGGGCUGAACGUUUCCCAAGUGCUGCAGGCACAUGUUAAUCCCACGUUCGAGGCAGCAGAGCACCCCAAGAAUGGCACUGGCACCAAAGCAGCUCCAGGCACAGUGGACCCCACCACCUUGGCCAGUGAGCAUCAGGCAAGCACCAUCUUCCAGAGCGAGCAGGGCAAGAAGACCAUUGACAUUUACUGGCUCUUUGAUGAUGGAGGUCUCACGCUGCUCAUCCCCUACCUCCUGGGGCGCAAGAAGCGGUGGGGGAAGUGCAAAAUCCGGGUGUUUGUCGGUGGGCAGAUCAACAGGAUGGAUGAGGAGAGGAAGGCGAUUGUCUCUCUGCUGAGCAAGUUCCGCCUCGGCUUCCAUGAGGUCCACAUCCUCCCUGACAUCAACCAGAAACCCCGGCCAGAGCACAUCAAGAGGUUUGAUGAACUCAUCGCUCCCUUCAGGCUGAACGAUGGCUUCAAAGACGAGGCUACAGUGAAUGAGAUGAGACAGGGCUGUCCCUGGAAGAUUUCUGAUGAGGAGGUCGAUAAAAACAGAGCCAAGUCGCUCCGACAAGUGAGGCUGAAUGAGAUUUUGCUGGACUACUCACGGGAUGCAGCCCUCAUAGCCAUCACUCCACCCAUCGGCAGGAAGGGUCGCUGCCCCAGCUCCCUCUACAUGGCCUGGCUCGAGACCCUCUCACAGGACCUGAGGCCCCCCAUCAUCCUCACACGAGGAAACCAAGAGAAUGUGUUGACCUUUUACUGCCAAUAAAAC